UACCGGAACCGGAAAUGUUUUCUAUUUUGGACGGUACUUAAAGGAAGGUAAAAGCGAAACAAAAAAAAAGGAGAGAAGAUGGAAAAUGAUGGAGCUUCAUGCAGCGGUGCUGUGGAGAGCAAAGCCGGGUUUGUGCUCGGGAAUGUGGCGGAAGUGGUGGAGAAGAUCCUGACUUUUGUUCCAACUAAAUCCGUGUUCCGGAGCGCGAGAGUGUGUCGUCUGUGGAGGAACUGUGCACGGCGAGUCCUGAGAACCCGUCAGAAAAUGUCAUGGAUUUCAGCUUCUGGGUCGUCCCGUUAUGAAGAGCACAUUCUCCUCAGAAACAUGGAGGAAGCACUGGAGAAUGUCUUUCUGCUGCCCCAGACUGUGCUGUUAAUGAUGGACAAUGAGAACUUUACCGGUCAUCACAGCUCUUUCAGACAUAAAAAAGCCAAGCGGUGUCAGUCGGAGGACGAGGUGGACGUGAUGGACCGGCUGAGACGUUUGCUGCCCGGAAACUGCGAAAUUUUAUGCGUCAUCACUCCGGGAAUUGUGUUGAGCCCAAGCCCGACAGCCUGUCUCAUCCCUCAGGAGUUCAUGGAAGGUGAAGCUGGUUUCAGUCUUCUGUUUCCUGCGAUGGAGGGAGUUCACAUUCGACCAUUCCACUUCUGCAAAAAAAGCCUCAGCGACAGCGCUUUAGAGAAAGCGGGUUUGGCUGGGAAUCCCGAUCUGAAGGUGGUGCUGCUGUUCGGCUACGAUGCCUACAAAACCGGAGCCGCUCGCUUCCUUAACCAGCUGCUGGAACCACUGGGGAGGAAUAAUGUCCUCAUUGCUGGGGGUCAUGUAGAAAGAGUGUUCCCUCAGAAGAGAGACUGCUGUUCACCAGGUUCCUUUGGUGUAGUUGGUCUCACUCUGAGCGGUCCCAAAAUUCAGGGCGCCUCGGUCCUUCUGGAUCAGGAUGUGAGCAUGCCUGCAGCAGCCGAAGUCACUAUCCGUCGCUUAAAAGCCGCCAACAUUCCCGAGUCCAACACAGUGGGCUUCAUGUUUGCCUGUGUGGCGCGUGGACACAACCACUACAACGGCCAGCACAACGUGGAGGCUGAUACCUUCCACAAACUCUUCCCUGGAGUUCCACUUUUCGGAUUCUUCGGAAACGGUGAGAUCGGCUGCGACCGCAUUGUUAAAGAGAACUACACGCUAAGUCAGACAGAUGCUAACGGACUGCAGCACGGCUACACCACUGUCAUGAGUCUGGUGCACCUGGGAUGACGUGCGCACGUUCCCUCAGAACUUCACAUAUCUAUUUUGCUGUAGUGAUCACUUUAUCUUGUUUUCCUUUCGUUUUUUUCUUCUUAACUAAAAGAUGUAAAUUCUUGUACGCAGGGAGACGUGUGUAUUUUAUGUGAAUUUCUUGUAAAAAUCGAAUCAUAGAAGAUUUUAAAAUCAGUGCACUUUUUAUCAUAAAUCUAUUCAAGAAAUCCUUAACAGAAAACUGUUAAAAAAAAAAAAAAAAACAACUAUUCUUUGCUUUACUUUAGAGAUUUUUGCCAAUUCUGUCAAAAUGAUUUGCAAAAAAAAAAAAUUCACUUGCAUUGAAUUUUUAUCUCUCUUGAUUAAGUAUUGAGCUUAUAAAUGACCAAAUCAUUCUGCUGUAUAUGUGACUAAACUAGCUGUGUGGGUGGAGGGGCUUAGAAAACAAUCCUGAGGAAAAUCUAGAAAUCCUGCACAUUAUUAUCAUUAUUACUACUACUAUUGUGAUAUUUUCUAUUGAACUGUAUCUGAUUCUAUUUACUACUAUAUUGAAAGUAUACUGAAGAUCCUUGUCUUCUAAACUAAACAGAUAAAUCUACAUUAAAAUGAUUAAAAUACUGUAAUAAAGUAGAAAUAUGUUUCUUUGAGCUGCUUUGGCUGUUUUCUCUCUGAAUUCGAGCAUAAACUGGUUGAAUAAAUCACAGAAUCAGUUUGACCACUUCCUACCAAACAGAACUGAUUAGUAUUUAGAUGUAAUCACAGACCGUUUUCCUGUUAAUGAACUUAAUAAUGAAAUAAUAUGGAAUUAUCUGUAGAACGUUGUGAUUUUCAGGUUUCUCUUGUUGUAUCAGUAUUAAAAUAGUUUGUUAUACGCUUUCCCCUGCUUUAUCAAUGUAAUAAAUCUUACAUUUUCCUGAAA